UUAUUAGCUACUGGCUGUGAAUGAGUUAAUACUAGGUCCUUCAGCACCGGAUCUCCGGGUCCACGUCAGAUCUGUGAUGUCACACGAAAACAACCUACUCGGAUUGGCUACGAUGCAUUGUGGAUCCACACGUCAAGGGAGCAGCUGAAAGCCGGAACCUGAAGACGGCCACUGUCUGAGCGUGUGUCCGUGGUUCACCGGUAGGAAGCAGCUGGACAGGACCGGGGAUUAGUAGGCCUCACCGGCGCUCCGUCUCUUUUCUAAGAAGAAUGUACUUGCUUUAGGCCUAGCAACUGUUGGAGACUCCCCUUCUCUGUGGUGCUCGGUAAUGGGCUACUCGGUUAAAGCACCCCGGUGGCGGGGUCUCAUGUGGACAUCGGUGGUCCCUUUCUUGGUGUUUCCAGUCGUGUUAGGAACCGGAUACCCUUCCAUGACCAAGGAGGAGAAGUCUCAGCUCAGGAACCAAGUGUUGGAAAUGUUUGAGCACGCUUAUGGGAGUUAUAUGAAACAUGCUUAUCCUGCUGAUGAACUUAUGCCCUUGACGUGUCGCGGGAGAAUACGUGGCCAGGAACCAAGCCGGGGAGAUGUGGAUGACGCACUAGGAAAAUUCUCUCUGACGUUAAUCGAUACACUGGACACUCUAGUGGUUCUGAACAAAACUGACGCUUUUGAAGACGCUGUCCGAAAAGUGAUUAAUGAUGUAAAUUUAGAUAAUGAUAUUGUGGUUUCAGUUUUUGAGACAAACAUCAGAGUCCUGGGCGGUCUCCUUGGAGGGCACUCAGUUGCUAUAAUGCUGAAAGAAAAUGGUGACCGUAUGGAGUGGUACAAUGACGAACUCUUACAUAUGGCUAAGGAGCUCGGCUACAAACUCCUACCCGCAUUCAACACUACAAGUGGCCUUCCCUAUCCAAGAAUCAAUUUAAAGUUUGGUGUGAGACAUCCUGAGGCCAGGACAGGCACAGAGACCGAUACAUGCACAGCUUGCGCUGGGACAUUAAUCUUGGAAUUUGCUGCCCUAAGUCGGUUUACUGGGAUAUCCAUAUUUGAGGAGCAUGCCCGAAAAGCACUAGAUUUUCUUUGGGAGAAGCGGCAACGCAGCAGUAAUUUAGUUGGAGUUACGAUAAAUAUUCAUACUGGCGACUGGGUACGCAAAGACAGUGGCGUCGGUGCAGGAAUAGAUUCGUACUACGAGUAUUUACUGAAGGCCUAUGUACUCCUGGGAGAUGACAGCUACCUGGAAAGGUUUAACACUCAUUAUGAUGCGAUUAUGCGAUAUAUCAGUCAGCCUCCACUUCUACUCGAUGUACAUAUUCAUAAACCGAUGCUGACUGCCCGAACUUGGAUGGAUUCUCUGCUAGCUUUUUUUCCUGGCCUUCAGGUCCUGAAAGGGGACAUAAGACCUGCAAUAGAAACCCAUGAAAUGCUAUACCAGGUCAUCAAAAAGCAUAAUUUUCUACCAGAGGCUUUUACUACAGACUUCAGAGUGCACUGGGCUCAACAUCCUUUAAGACCAGAGUUUGCAGAAAGUACUUAUUUCUUGUAUAAAGCAACGGGUGAUCCUUAUUACUUAGAAGUGGGGAAAACUCUCAUUGAAAACCUUAAUAAGUAUGCACGUGUGCCGUGCGGGUUCGCUGCGGUUAAAGAUGUGCGCACGGGAAGCCACGAGGACAGGAUGGAUUCCUUUUUCCUGGCUGAAAUGUUUAAAUAUCUUUAUUUGCUGUUUUCUGAACGGGAAGACCUUGUGUUUGAUAUAGAGGACUAUAUUUUUACUACAGAAGCCCAUCUCUUACCUCUCUGGCUUUCCACAGCAAACCAAACAAAGCCUAAGAAGAACAUGACUUCACAAUACACCGAGCUGGAUGACAGUAACUUUGACUGGUCGUGUCCGAACACUCAGAUUCUGUUUCGCAAUGAUCCCAUGUACGCUCAGAGCAUCAGAGAACCUUUAAAAAACGUGGUCGAUAAAAACUGCCCUCGAAAUCCCAGAAUGGAGGAGAGUUCUGGCAAUGGGAACAGGCCCCCGUUACGGGCCAGGGACUUCAUGGCAAGUAAUUCUGAGCAUCUGGACAUCCUGAAGAAGAUGGGAGUGAGUCUGAUUCACCUUAAAGAUGGACGAGUUCAACUGGUUCAGCAUGCCAACCAAGCCGCAAGCUCUAUAGAUGCAGAGGAUGGUUUGCGUUUCAUGCAAGAAAUGAUUGAGUUAUCCAGCCAGCAACAGAAAGAGCAGCAGCUGCCUCCGCGUGCGGUUCAGAUCGUUUCCCACCCGUUUUAUGGACGAGUGGUACUGACUGCUGGACCUGCCCAAUUUGGAAUGGACCUUUCUAAACAUGUAGUGGGGGUUCGAGGCUUUGUAGCAAAGGCCGAGCCAUACAGCGGCUGCUCUGAGAUCACAAACCCCGAAGCAAUAAAAGGGAAAAUUGCACUAAUGCAACGGGGUCAGUGCAUGUUUGCGGAGAAAGCCCGGAAUGUGCAGAAAUCUGGGGCGAUUGGAGGAAUUGUCAUUGAUGACAAUGAUGGCAGCAGCAGUGAUACAGCCCCCCUUUUCCAGAUGGCUGGAGAUGGAAAGAAUACAGAUGACGUUACGAUCCCCAUGCUGUUUCUCUUCAGCAAGGAAGGAAAUAUUAUUCUUGAUGCAAUCCGCGAGUAUCGUGAUGUAGAGGUUCUUCUGUCAGAUAAAGCUAAAGACAGAGCAACCAUUUUUAAAGGUAAAAUAGUCCCAAACUACCUUCUUGAUAGCAAUUUAGAAGGUGACAGUGGGGAGGAGAGAUCAGUAGAAAAUAUUUCCCAGGUACAAGCCUCAGAAGAAACUUCCAGAGCUCCAGAAAGUGGCGUGAAUGGCAGGGAUUUGGAAUCCAGUUUGGAAUCUUCACUAGUUUCUCAACCAGAACCGGGCAGUUCAUCUGACUCCGAGGACUCUUCUCAUCAAAGACAGGAUAACGAUCCUUCAGAAAAUAGCGAGACUAACAGUAUAGCUUUGCAGGGUUCAAAAGACACUCCAGAGGGAUCGUCGGACAGUUCAGAAGAUCCCAAAGACAAAAAGUGGGACAACAAAGUACAACCAAUAGAGUCAAUAUUAGCAGAUUGGAAAGAAGACAUUGAAGCUUUUGAAAUGAUGGAAAAGGAUGAACUAUGACCAAAAAAAAUCUUUAUAAAACAGACUCCCUUCCUCAAGAUCUAAAUGGUGUCGCAAGCCUUUUGUGAAGGUCAGAACUAAAAAUGUGAAGAUUAACAGAAGUUCUCUGCAAAUUUCUAAUGGGUCCAGUGUCUUUCUAAUGUCUAAGGCAUGUCUGUUUUUAUAUGUAGCGAUGGAUCCAGUGACUUUAUCAGCAGUGGAGAUAUUUGGAACAAAUAUAGAUUUUUUUUUUUUGUCUGCCAUGGUCUUUCAAAUAGAUCGAUGGUGGAUUUCAUUUAAGGCGCUUGCGAAAUUCCAUACUUUUCUUCACUAAAAACUUUAAUUUAUUGGAUUAUUUUAAAUAUAAUUUUAUGUAAAACAAAUUAUAUCACCACCUUUAAUCCAUAUAUGUGAGGCAUGUGUUUGGAAUCUUAACACCUAAC